UUUUUUGCGUUAUUUUGGUUUCCAGAAAAAAAACAAUUUUCUCCAAAACUAUUACCCCGAUCGGCAACAUUCUUUAACCAAAAGACGAGGAAGAUCCAGUUCUAUAACAUUUAUUUUAAGCAUUUUUUUCGAUUAUAUACAGGGUUUUUCAAUUAUGGACAAACAUCUAAAAGAUCUUAAAAAUUGCCCCUUUCCGGAGUAAAUUAAUAGACGUAAAACAAAAUUCGUAAAAAAUAUAGCUAAUUGGUUUAUACAAUAUUAUAGUGCACAUCGAUAGUUACAAUUUUUUUGUUUACGGUUUUCGUCUAUCACAUACGCUGUUCCAGAUAUUUGAAAAAAUCAAUAUGAAAAUGACCAUUCCUCGGGCUCACUCUAAAUGCCAUAACGUCAUUAACUAUUACGGCGUACUGCAUAGUUUCAGAAAAAGAUUAUUUUGUGGAAAAGCAUUUACUCUAUUGGAAAAAUUCUUGGACCAGGAAACGUGGGAGAUCCAGGGCUAUAAACUUCAUUUCGAACAUUGUUUAAAUUAUAUACAGGGUGUGUCGUUUAUAGGCAAAGAAUCUAAAAGAUAAUAAAAUUUUCCGUUUUUUGGGUAAAUUAUUGGUGAUAACUAAAAAACUGUAAGAAAUGGUAUAAUUUCAUUUGAACAGUAUCGAAUACUGUGUCGAGAGAGAGAUUCAGUUUUCGUCUAUAAUACAGGGUGAGCGAGAAAGUUUGCCAUAAGUUUGAAGUUUGACGAGAUGUGAAAAGCAUUUUAUACAUCGUGCAUGCACAAUUCAAUUAUAUAGAUAAACAACGCGGCCCUUAAGGACAAAAACCCCUAAUUUUCUUCUUUUUAUAAUAAAAAGCUGCUUCGCGCUAGGCACUACGAACUUACCCCGCCCAGCGACAAUUUUUUGAAAGCAAUCUUGUUAAACCAGCAGCACUACACACAAACAGUAAAUAAGAUAUAUCUUCGAAAAAAUCUAAAUUUCAAAAUCAACAACACCCAAACAAAAAUAAGACACCAUAACCUCUACAUAUGUCAAAAACGGGGGCGCUUUGCUACGUCCGCUGAAUGCGACCAAUGUUUAGUUUUUUGUGUGUUAUGAACCAGGCAUGCUUGAAUUGACAGUAACAUGAAGUUCUUUUUGUGCAAGUAUAAUUUAUACCACUUUCCUUAAAAAAAAAACAAAGAAAAAUGUGAGGUAAUGAUAAAAAUUAAAAGAAUCAUCUUUUAAAAAAAUCUUUUGUGAUAUGUAAACGUUUUAUUUUUUAGACGUGGAAAUAAUUUUUGUAUCAUAUAAGAAAUGCGGUUAAAACGCACAAUUCUAAUACUUGGAAUAAUAUUAUUGGCGUGGUGGUCUAUAAUUUAUGUUUUCCUUAUUAAUAACUUGACAUACAACAGAAAUAAAGAUUCAACUGGUAGUAUAGAUGGUCAACUAAUGACUUUAGAAAAUGGCUUGGAAGAACAAUUUGUCAUGAAUAAAGCUCUUAUAAGUGAAGCUCAACAAUUUUUAGAAAAUAAGAAAUAUAUGGAGAACUCCAAAAAUAAUUUUCUUGGCUUGCAAAAUAUUCAAAUACCCGUGCUUGUAUUUGCAUGUAAUCGAAUAACAGUUACUCGGUGCUUAGAUAAGCUCUUACAAUAUAGAACGGAUGAAAAUCGGUUUCCAAUCAUUGUAAGCCAGGAUUGUGAUCAUGAAGAAACAACAGAUGCUAUAAAAAAGUAUAGCUCCCAAAUUACGCUGAUUCAGCAACCAGAUCAGUCUGAUAUACAAGUGCCACCCAAAGAGAAGAAAUUUAAAGGAUAUUUUAAAAUAGCUCGGCAUUAUGGCUGGGCUCUAAACCAAAUGUUUUUUCAUUUUAAUUACUCUUCUGUUAUAAUAGUGGAAGAUGACUUAGAAGUUGCUCCAGAUUUUUUUGAGUAUUUCUUGGCCACCUAUCCUUUACUUUUAAAAGAUGAAAGCUUAUGGUGCAUAUCGGCUUGGAAUGAUAAUGGAAAACAAGAUUUGAUCAAUUUAGAUCGACCUGAUUUGUUGUACCGAACUGAUUUUUUUCCUGGUUUAGGAUGGAUGCUUACUAGGAAGCUUUGGUUAGAACUUUAUACAAAAUGGCCCAUAUCUUAUUGGGAUGACUGGAUGAGAGACCCCUCUCAAAGACGAGAUAGGUCAUGUAUUCGACCAGAAAUUUCUAGGACACGUACAUUUGGAAAAAUUGGUGUGUCAAAUGGAAUGUUUUUUGAAAAACAUCUGAAAUAUAUUACACUUAAUGAACAGAAUGUGCCUUUCAUCAAAUUAAAUCUCUCGUAUUUAUUAAAGGAGAAUUAUGAUAGGGAAUUUGUAAAAAAUGUAUAUAAAUGUCCUCUAGUGGAUUAUGAGGAUCUUUAUUAUAACAAAAUCGCUUUUCAAGGGCCAGUCCGUAUGAUGUAUGAAAAAAUGAGUGAGUACAAACUAAUAACAAAGAAGUUUGGACUUAUGGACGACUUUAAGAGUGGUGUACCCCGUACUGCUUACAAAGGCAUUGUAACAUUCCAUUAUAGAGGUAGAACUGUACAUUUAACACCCUACUUAGGUUGGAAAGGAUAUGAUGUGAGUUGGAGUUAACCCAGAACUUACUCAAAGUGCACCAGCAUGGAGAAUGAUUUGUUGGUCUUUCCAUUUUAUCAGAAGAACUGUGUAAAUUUAUAAAAGUACUUCCACAUUCUACAUAAAAAAUUAUUUACUUUUUAAGUUUAUGACUUGUGUUUUAACAGUAAGGUCUAUAGUUUGCUUGCAUUAUAGCAUUAAGGGUACUGUGACACUCUCUAUUUUUUAUAUAUUCAUUUAAUUUGUUUUUAUGCAAGCUCUAAUCCUUGAAAAAAAGAUGAACAUUUAAAAGGCAAUGGUAAAGGUAUAAUUUCUUGUUUUGGUUAGGAAAGGAAAUCAGCCUUUCGCCGAAUAUAAAUUGUCAAUGUAAUUUAUCAGAAAUGAUUGAAAAUGAUAUUGUUCCAAGUUGGUAACAAAAAGGCAAACCAAUUGCAGUUGACUAUGAAGUCCAGCCAUUUCAAAAUAUCAGCUAUAGGACUAGUUUAAUGAUGUUAUGAUUUUGUUUCCGAUUGGAACUUUCAUUUAAAAGAAAAAGGAAGGACAUCACAAAGCAUUUAUUUUCAUUUAUAAUUGUACUAUAGAUAUUUAAAAAAUAUUAGCCAAAGAUCAGUAUAAGACUAUAAUUUGGUGGAGGGGUUGUUGCACAUAUGGUCGAAAAUUCUAUGAGUUUUAUCAUCGGAUUUUGUUUAAUAAUUGGGGUUAGUUAUGCAUAGAGUUGCUCUUUGGCCAUUAUUAUGGAAUGGCAGUAACAAACUGUAAAUACUUUUUUUUAAUGUUGUGGUUUUGUGUGAUGGAGAACAAAUAAAGUGUUUUUAUUAUUUAUAUCUGGCCACAGGGCAAUAUGUUUACAAAUCAUUGUUACCUAUAGUAUUUAUUUUCGUUUGUGUGAUAUUUGAUA